UUGCAAAAUCAUGAAAUACUACGGCCAAAAUGGACCGGCGUCACCUGCGUUGAUCUCUAUGAUUACGAUCGAUCAAUAUCCACGGCCAAAAUCAGCUACAUCCUACGCCAGCUUAUUUGUCGGAAACUCCACUACUUUGGUCUCACUCUCGAAGAGGGGUUCCAUUCUCCUGCAAUUAGUGUAUCAGAAGCAGAAUCAUUGUUCUUCCAAGUUUGCAGCCGAAAUGUGGAAAAUAUCAGUGUAAUUGCAGGGUACGAUGUUUCCUUUUCAUUACCCGCUGUUCUGUUCAAUUCUCAAUCUUUGGUAACUUUGACAUUACAGGGUUUGCUUGAAUUGCCCAAAACUAAAAAUUUGUGUGUUAAUCUCCCUAAUUUGAAGAAGCUUUCCCUAAACCUACUUGAUGAUUUCCCUCUUUGUUUGGAGACUUUAAUUAUGUCUUCCUCACUUUUGGAACAUUUGGAUUUAGUCUUCGAUCUAGAUAGGUCUAGUCAUGUUGUGAAUAUAAUUGCUUCCAACUUGAAGUCAUUGUCUAUAAGUAUGCUAAGCAAUACCCGGAACACUAGAGUAUAUAUUGAUGCUCCCAAAUUGGCAAAGCUUAAAAUUCAAGAUUGGAAUUCAAUCUACUUCUUUCUCCAGAAUCCAUCUACAUUAGUCAAAGCCUGUAUUCAAUUGGAUUAUGGGCUGGAAUCAGAAGAUGAUGAGGAGGAUAAGCAGGAUUACGGCUCAUUAUCUGGACCACAAAAAGAAUAUAUUUGCCAGAUGACCAAGUUUGUUGGAGGAUUAUCUAGUGUUAGCAAACUUGAGCUGAAGCUAGAGAGUUGGACCAAUAUUAUGAGAUAUUUUAAUUAUUUGAAUCUGCCAAUUUUCUCAAAUUUAACCCGUCUUGAAACAAAUUGCUUUAAGGAUUUGCUGAUUUCUUUAAAUUGUUUUCCCAACUUAGAGCAUCUUGCGGUCCAAUUAUGCUCAAUUUAUGAUAAAAAGGAGAAAAUAAGCUGGUGUGCACCGGAUUCAGUUCCAGAUUGUUUAGUAAGUAAGCUAAAGACUAUACUAAUAACGGGACUAAAGGGCAUUGAUGAUGAACUCAGGCUUCUAGCAUACAUUCUGAGUAAUGCAAUUCUUUUGGAAAAGCUUCUUGUACAAUUUUGUACAGUGGAUGGGGCAUAUAUUGAAAAUGAACGUGAAAAAGCGUAUGCAGUGUGGAAGGAAUGUCAGUUUUGUAGGUCAAUGUUAAACCUUCCAAGGAGCUCCUCGACGUGUGAGGUUGUGGUUUCUGGUACGUCUGUCACUGCAUCAGGUAAUGCUGUAGAAGGUAAAUUCCUUACAUGUCAAAUAUAUUUGAGUGAAUACACCUGACAUAUGCAAUCUGUUUUCCAAAUGCAACAUUCUAGCAUAUGCGUUGCAGACUUGCAGGUAUUGACUACUAAGUUCUGAUUGAUUUUUGGUUUAUGUAUAAUUACAUGUAGUUUUGAUUUUGGCAUAACAAUGUUUCUAGAAAGGGAGGAUAUGUAGUUUUGGAUAUGUAUCAAGCCAAUCAAGGUAUCGUAGCCUUGCAAUGUAUUUUACUCUUUUCUGUAAGGUUUAUAUGAUAUAUUCAAGAUCGUUUACUACUUUACUUCUCUUUAUAUGGUUAUGCGGGGUAAUUCAUUUAUUUGUUAAUGCCUUAGUGUAUGUAGUAUGAACUCUGAAGUACAUCUAUAAAUGUGGGUGUGUUUGUUUCAAGGGAAAAGCCUUUUCUGAAAAAUACAUUUCCUGUUUUCUGAUGUUUGUUUAAACCGGCCCAUAAAAUAAAAAAUAGGACCGGAAAACACUUUUCCAUAUAGGCCCAAACAUUUUCCCUAAACAAACAUGAUAUUCCAUGUUUUCCGCGCAUCACUCAUCUUUAAGCUCUUUCUCAUCUUCCAUGUUUUCCUUACAAACAAACAAAAGAAAACUAAACCAAAUUUGAGUUUUCCUUUCAGAAAAUGGAAAUUCAUUUUCCAUUAGAUUUAUUUUCCGUCAAAACAAACGCUGGUGGAAAGGGAGGAAAUCAAUUGAUAAUUGAAGGGGGGGUGCCCAGUUAAUCUUUUUGAUUGCUUUAGUUCGUCAAUCUAUUUCGCCAACUCAGCCUUUAGAGUUAGAUCCUGAUGAGUCAGUUGGGGGGGGGCAUAUAGACAGGUAGGAAACCGAUUUGUAAAUGCCGCUUAUUUUCUUCAUUAAAGCUCCAUUGAAGCUACCACCGACACCACUUCAAAUCAUCAUGUCCACCGACACCACUAUCUUCCUCCGUUAAACUGUCAACCGACACCACCUCCGGUGGCUUGAAUUAAACGAAAAUCCGAGGAAUAAAAGGUGAAAGUAAGGGCUUGGUUAAUCGAAAGAGUAGGGGUUACCAAGAACAUGGUGUUAGUGAACGGUGGGUGGAGACUGGUGGAGAGAGAAAGGUGGAGGUGGUGUUUCUAUGCAGCUGCCAUUGAUGAAUGAAGGUAGGAAGCUUGAGGAGAGAGGAUGAAGAAGGUAAAGUGAGUUGACGGAAGGAAUUGGCAUUAACUUCGUUGUCUUACGCGUUCAGCCGAGUCAACGUGGGCUUAGGAACAUGUUACAUAGGCAAAAUGACCAACGA